CGGAACGCUAAUUCAGCUGUAAAAGCAGACUUUUUAUCUCGUCCUAACCUGAAUUCGAAGCUUCUAGUUAUUUUCUGAUAUGGACAUCCGUGGACUGCUUCCCGUCGAGAUAUUUGACAGUUCAAUAUUCGUAAAAGAGAAAACGAAUAAAUUCGUAAUAAAGUGUAGUAGUUUCGUCGUAAUCUAAAAAGUAAAAUAAAUUGCGAAAAUAUGAGUGGUCGUAUCGCUCCGAGUAAAUCAACUGUCUAUGUGUCAAAUUUACCAUUCUCAUUUACCAACAAUGACAUACAUCAGCUGUUGGAAGGUUACGGCAAAAUUGUCAAAGUAACGAUAUUGAAAGAUAAGGUAACGCGUCGUAGUCGUGGCGUUGCCUUCGUCCAAUUUCUUAGGCCAGACGAAGCUGUGUCUUGUGCGAAACGUCUCAAUAACACAGAGGUAUAUGGUCGUACUGUAAAAAGUUCAAUAGCAAUUGACAAUGGUCGCAGCACUGAAUUCAUACGUCGUAGGGAUUAUCCUGACAAAUCGCAGUGCUAUGAAUGUGGACAGAAAGGACAUUUGUCGUAUCGCUGCAGCAACAACACACUUGGUCCUAGGGAACCACCAGCAAAGAAAAUUAGGAUACGAAAGAAAAAUGUGAAACAAGAGAAGUGCGAUAUGAGUUAUUUUGAUAGCGACAGUGAUAUUGAUGAAGCAACAAAAAGACCAAAAUGUCAUUUCGAUGAUGUCGAUGAUGAUGCUACGGAAGAACCAGAAACGCUAAGUGCCGUUAUUGCACUUGAGCAAAGACAGACAGAAAUGGAACGUAGAGAAACAACAGACGAAUAUGAUAGAAAAGAGGCUGUACCAAAGAAACGCUAUAAAAAGAAUAAUUAUUUCAGUGACGAAGAGGAUUUUAGCGAAUAAUAUGUAUAUAAUAUGAAAUAAUGUAAAAUCUCGAAGGUAUUAUAUAUUGAUAAAUGUAUAUAAAUAUAAAUAGCAUCGCUUUUGUUUCCCAAGUACAAAGUACU